AGAGAUUCUCCUGAGUCUACCUCCACCUUCCCCUUGAAAGAUUUCCUCUGUCAUCCUUUUAAACGGCUCAACUAGUUUAAUCCUGACGGCUGACCACCGCGGAUAUGGGGACGCGUUUGCUAUAAUACUCCUCGUGUGCCUGCAUAGAUAAAAGCAAUUGCACUAUUAAUUUACUCACCUAAGAAAUUGCCCAAAUUGGAUUUUGUAAAAAUCUGAUUAAUUGGAUUUCUAAGCUAAGCAGGCGGUGAGCAGGAUGGCCCAUAGCCUCUCAGCUGCACCGGCGUGCUGCAUGUGGAUAUGAAAUGACAGGCAGCAGAUGAUCCUUUUUUUACCCCUAAAAAGUUGUCUCUUUUGGGGGCCAAAUUCAUAUCUGUGAUCCACUGCAUGUCGAUCCUCUGAGGAGUUGAUGGUGGGUUUUCUGAAGUGAUUUCGUGGUGUUAAACUGCGGACAUGGACGGGGCAAAGAAAGAUGCCCUCCCUGGGGGCGAUGGAGGAAAAUCAGACACCCUCGGGUCGACUGGCUCGGCCAGAAAAAGAGGAGGGGGGGCCAAGAAGGCAAUGCAGGCAAACAAGUCCGCGCUCAGGGCCCCCCGAGCCCUCUGCUGCCUCACCCUCAGCAACCCCAUCCGCAUGGCAGCACUGGCCCUAGUAGAGUGGAAGCCCUUUGAUAUUUUCAUUCUACUUGCCAUCUUUGCCAACUGUGUGGCCAUGGGUGUUACCAAGCCGUAUCCCGAUGAUGACUCCAAUGCUACCAAUCACCAACUGGAACAAGUGGAAUAUGUCUUCCUUGUCAUCUUCACCAUCGAGACCUUCACUAAAAUCCUUGCCUAUGGCUUAGUCAUGCACCCCAGCGCCUACAUACGCAGCGGAUGGAACUUGCUUGAUUUCGUUAUCGUCAUUGUCGGGUUGUUCAGUGUAAUAGCAGAGGCCAUGACGGAUCAUAAGCCAGGAGAGGCCCAUCAUGCAGCUGGAAAACCUGGAGGCCUGGAUGUCAAAGCUCUCAGAGCGUUCAGGGUGUUGCGACCCCUUCGGCUUGUAUCUGGAGUGCCAAGUUUGCAAAUCGUGUUAAACUCCAUCAUGAAAGCCAUGGUCCCCCUUCUGCACAUUGGUAUGUUGGUCAUGUUUGUCAUCAUCAUCUACGCUAUCAUCGGCUUGGAGCUUUUCAUCGGCAGGAUGCACAAGACGUGUUACUUUAGUGGCACAGAUCUCAUGUUGGAAGAUGAUCCGUCACCUUGUGCAUUUGCCGGGAACGGGCGCUUUUGCGGGGGGAAUGGGACUGAGUGCAGGGGCAAAUGGGAAGGCCCCAACGGCGGCAUCACAAACUUCGACAACAUUUUCUUCGCCAUGCUGACAGUUUUCCAGUGCAUCACUAUGGAGGGUUGGACAGAUGUUCUCUACUGGAUGAAUGAUGCCAUUGGCUUUGAGAUCCCAUGGGUUUACUUUGUUUCUCUGGUCAUCUUUGGAUCCUUUUUCAUUAUCAAUCUUGUAUUGGGUGUGUUGAGCGGAGAGUUCUCCAAGGAAAGAGAAAAGGCCGUAGCGCGUGGUGAGCUGCAGAAGGCUCAGGAGAGCAAGCAGAUGGAGGAGGACAUGAUAGGUUACAUGGACUGGCUCAUAGAGGCCGAGGAUGUGGAUGAAGAAGGAAACAAACGUGCUGCAAUUGCAAAGAAAAAGAUGAUGAAGAAGUUCGGCUGGUACAAACACAGUGAGGACGGUGGAGAGUCAGACUCGGACGAUGAUAUCGCAUACCUCGAUGAUGACAGUGGCUUCUGUGCUUCUCUCAUGGCAAAGAUGAUGGCCAAUAGCUUCUGUGACCAGUUGUGCCAGCUGAAUCAUACAUUCAGGAAGAACUGCCGUGUGGCCGUCAAGACAACUAACUUCUACUGGUUGGUGCUUUUGCUGGUGUUUCUCAACACAGUGGCCAGUGCUUCCGAGCAUUACGGACAGCCAAAGUGGCUCACGGAAAUGCAAGAGCGAGCCAACAAGAUCCUACUGCUGCUGUUCACUCUGGAGAUGCUGAUGAAGAUGUACGCCUUUGGCCUGCAGAUCUAUUUCAUGGCGCUGUUCAACCGCUUUGAUUGCUUUGUGGUGUGCGGCGGCAUCCUUGAGACGCUGCUCGUAGAGAUGGAUGUCAUCCCGCCCAUCGGCAUCUCUGUGCUGCGCUGCAUCCGACUGCUUAGGAUAUUCAAGAUGACACGGCACUGGGCAGCUUUGUCUGACCUGGUCAACUCUCUGCUCAACUCUAUGAAAGCUAUCUGCUCCCUUCUGCUCCUGCUCUUCCUCUUCCUCAUCAUCUUCGCCUUGCUAGGCAUGCAGUUGUUUGGAGGCAAAUUUAACUUUGAUGAGACUCAGAUGAAGAGAAGUACUUUUGACUCCUUCCCUCAGGCUCUGCUCACUUGUUUCCAGAUCCUCACUGGAGAGGACUGGAACGCUGUAAUGUAUGACGGUAUUAUGGCAUAUGGAGGGCCGAUCUUCCCCAACAUGGUGGUGUGCAUUUACUUUGUCAUUCUCUUUGUCUGUGGUAACUACAUUCUGCUCAAUGUCUUCUUGGCUAUCGCUGUGGACAACUUGGCCGGAGGCGGAGGAAAGACGAAAGUUGAAGAGAAAAAGGAAGAAGAAGAAGAGUGGGAUGAGGAUGAAGAGAAAGAGGAUGAAGAUGCAGGGAACGAAGAAGACGACUGGCAGGAAAACGAGGAGCUGAGGGCCAUCGAGGGACUGGAGGGAGUUGCUCCAUUAAAACCUGAAUUCUCAGGGCCCAAAGAGAAGAUUGUCCCAAUCCCUGAUGGAAGCUCUUUCUUCAUUCUUGGAAAGAAAAACUGUUUGCGAGUUGCCUGCCACAACCUCAUCCAUCACCCUUACUUCACCAACUUCAUUCUCAUCUUCAUCAUCCUCAGUAGUAUUUCCCUGGCCGCUGAGGAUCCAAUCAAAUCCCACUCAUUCAGGAACAUAGUGCUUGGUUAUGCUGAUUAUGUUUUCACUUCAGUUUUCACGGUGGAAAUAGUACUAAAGAUGACUGUCUACGGAGCAUUUCUGCACAGUGGCUCCUUCUGCAGAAAUGCUUUCAACCUUCUUGACCUGCUGGUUGUCAGUGUGUCGCUCACAUCUUUCUUUUUACAUUCGAGUGCAAUCUCCGUGGUCAAGAUUCUCCGAGUGCUGCGAGUGCUCAGGCCUCUUCGAGCCAUUAACAGAGCUAAGGGACUAAAGAAUGUGGUGCAGUGUGUGUUUGUGGCGAUCCGCACCAUCGGCAACAUCUUAAUUGUCACAACACUCCUUCAGUUCAUGUUUGCAUGUAUUGGAGUGCAGCUCUUCAAGGGCCGAUUCUACAGCUGCACAGACGAAGCCAAACACACUCCUGUGGAGUGCAGGGGGACGUUUGUGGUUUAUAAAGACGGGGAUAUGAACCACCCCAUGGUGAAAGAGAGGAUUUGGGAAAACAGUGAUUUCAACUUUGACAAUGUGCUGAUGGGCAUGCUAGCUUUGUUCACUGUGUCAACAUUUGAAGGCUGGCCACAGCUCCUUUACCGGGCCGUGGAUGCCAACGCCAUAAACCGAGGGCCCAUUUACAACUACCGAGUAGAAAUCUCCAUCUUUUUCAUCAUCUACAUCAUCAUCAUUGCCUUCUUCAUGAUGAACAUAUUUGUGGGUUUUGUCAUCAUCACAUUUCGAGAGCAAGGGGAGGCUGAAUUCAAAAACUGUGAACUCAACAAAAAUCAACGUCAGUGUGUGUACUACGCACUGAAAGCUCAACCAAUAAAGAUUUACAUUCCUAAAAACCCAUCACAGCUCAAAUUCUGGAAAAUAAUCAACUCCAGCCAGUUUGAAUACAUCAUGUUUGUGCUAAUUCUGGGGAACACCCUCACUCUGGCUAUUCAGCAUUACGAGCAGUCUAAACUGUUCACCUCCAUCAUGGACAUCCUCAACAUGAUCUUCACUGUGGUUUUCACUAUAGAGAUGAUUAUCAAGUUACUGGCUCUGCGGGCUCAUCACUAUUUCAUUGAUCCGUGGAAUUCAUUUGAUGCUUUGAUUGUUGUGGGGAGCGUGUUGGAUAUUGCAGUCUCUGAGUUUAGCGGAGGAGGCGGCCAUGGUGAGGGCAAAGGAGAGAGUGGAAAAGUAUCCAUCACGUUCUUCCGUUUAUUUCGAGUCUUGAGGUUGGUUAAACUGCUCAGCAAAGGAGAGGGCAUUCGAACCCUCCUCUGGACUUUUGUCAAGUCCCUCCAGGCCCUGCCUUAUGUUGGUCUGCUCAUUGCGAUGAUCUUUUUCAUCUAUGCUGUGAUUGGCAUGCAGACAUUUGGGAAAGUUGCCAUUGAUGACGACACACAUAUCAACAGAAACUGCAACUUCCAGACUUUCUUCAUGGCUGUUCUGGUGCUCUUCAGGUGUGCCACUGGAGAGCAGUGGCAGGAGAUCAUGUUGGCAGCUCUGCCCGGUAGACGCUGUGACCCAGAAUCGGACACUGAGCCUGGCGAAGAGUUCUCCUGCGGUAGCAACUUGUCCUACAUCUACUUCAUCAGCUUCUUUAUGCUCUGUGCUUACCUGAUUAUCAACUUGUUCAUUGCCGUCAUCAUGGACAACUUUGAAUACUUGACACGCGACUGGACUGUGCUCGGUACUCACCACCUGGACGAGUUUAAGAGAGUUUGGUCUGACUACGAUCCAGAGGCCACCGGCCGUAUAAAGCACAUUGAUGUUGUCACUAUGCUGCGCAGGAUUCAGCCACCUCUUGGUUUUGGAAAAUUAUGUCCUCAUCGUGUUGCUUGCAAGAGACUGGUUGCUAUGAACGUCCCACUGCACUCAGAUGGGACAGUCACCUUCAAUGCUACUCUGUUUGCUCUCGUGCGAACCUCGCUCAAGAUCAAGACUGAAGGCCCCAUCGACCAGCAAAAUGAAGAGCUGAAGCUGAUCAUUAAGAAGCUCUGGAAGCACACCAAGCCCAAGCUAAUUGAUGAAGUGAUUCCUCCCCCUAGAGGGGAUGCGGUGACUUGUGGAAAGUUUUACGCCAGCUUCUUGAUUCAGGACUAUUUUAAAAAGUUCCGCAAGAGAAAGGAGAGGGAGAGGAAAUCCAAAAAGAAGGACAAGGCGGCUUCUCUGCAGCAAGGACUGCGGACGCUGCAGGACCUCGCUCCAGAGAUGCGUCUGGCAAUGGCCUGUGACCUGGAAGAAGAGGAGGGUGUGGAUGGAGAGAUGACAGGUGAUGAUAUAUUCGACAGUGAGCCCGGAACCUCAGUGAAUACCACGCCCGCCAGCACACCAUUGCCGCGCAUAGAUACACUUGUGGAGCAGACAACUGUGAUCAUGGAACCUGAGUCCAAGACAGCCAACUGGGAUGUGAUCACAGAGCAGGUCAUGGGCCUGCAGGAGCAUGAGAGACCAGGAUCAGAGCUGGUAGGCAUCAGCAUUGUAACAGAACAGCCUGUGAGGUCCGAACCCCUGCCCAUUAGGUGGUGGAUUUCCAUCAGUGAGUUGCCUCCUCCUCCUCCUCCUCCUCCUCCUCCUCCUCCUCCUCCUCCUACCCAAGAGAUAGUAGGUGGAGGAGAAGUUAUAGUUGAAGAACCACUCGUGGCAGCUACAGCUGUAGUAGCUGAGCAGGUUUAUAGCAGUGAAGGAGAUGCUGCACAUCUAGCAUCAGUAGAAGGGUAUGUGUAUCCAGAAGCUGUCUCUCCUGUACCAACUGAGACAGUCUACAAUGAACACAGCCUGGAAAGAGCUAGCAGCAUUGGGGAGAUAACCUAUGAUACUCAUGAUGCCAAUGGCUUUGUUGGGAAUGGCUAUGGUGGCACCAACAUGAAUGGAGAGAGUGUUGCUGCAAGCCCCACACCCUAUAGCACAAGUGAAUAUAAUGGGAACGGAUACACAGGCUACGAUGAAAACGGCAGUGUCAUCAGCGCCAAUGGUAAUGGAAGUAUAAUGAGCGGCUUCAAUGGAAAUGACAGCACCGUCUGUGGUUACAAUGGGAAUGAGAAUGGUAGUGCACAGUUUGUCAGGAGACGGCUACUUCCUUCCAUACCGAAAGGUCGUAAGCCUGCCUUUAACUUCCAGUGUCUGAGGCCACAGAGCAGUGUGGACGACCAGCUGCCUAUCCCAGGGAACUACCGUGGGAACACAUCACCAUCCAGAUCCCGUCUACAGACCCAGCACAGCCUGGACUCCCGGCCCAGCAGCGUGUCCUCGAUGUCAUCCACAUCCUGGGUGAACACAGCAGCAGCUGGCACCACUCCUGUUCCAGGAAUGAUUCCCCCCUCGGGACGCAGGGGUAAACUCAUCUACACCCCUAUGAUCCUGGUGGAUGAAGCCACAGGCACCAGCCAGCCGCUGUGGAGCGACGGCUCUGCUAGCCUCCCUGUAGGACGCCGUCCUGGCUGGUAUCCCGGUCAGACGAGGACCUUCACCAACACAAGACCACCACCGGUUAACCAGGGCUUUGUAGACAGAGGCAGUGCAGACAGUCUGGUCGAGUCGAUCUUGAUCUCCGAGGGUCUCGGCAUCUACGCCAGGGACCCGAAGUUUGUUAGCUUUGCCAAGCGGGAGAUUGCCGAAGCCUGCCACAUGAGCCUGGACGAGAUGGAGAGCACUGCUGCUGACCUCAUAGCUCGCGGAGCCAGUCAGUCGAUUUCUCGCUUUGAGGAUGAACUGGCCGAUGAAAUGAAUUGUGUGAUUUCCUACUGAGAUCAGCAAAACCGAAAUAACUGUGAGAGAAAGUGAGGUAUGAAGAUUGUGCAAAAAAAGAACAAAAUCUUUCAUGUGAUGUGUGUUUAGAUCUGCUGUGGGGAAAAGUGGAAGGAUGAUGUGAUACAAAUGGGACCUUAAUUCUCUCAACUUUGUUGUCUGAGGGUAAAAUGUUGAGUUGGUUAAGACAAGCUUUUAUUUAUGAAUGCCAAAACACACACACACACACACACACACACACACACACACCACAUAAUCACACACAUACUGAUUUUAAGUGGAUGUCAGUAUGUGGCAGGUCUCAACAAGGUAAGCACUAUAUAAUACUACGACUACAGUGUUUUGCAUAAGAGACUGCUGCAUGUGACGGAAAACUGUGGCUCUUAGCAUUAUUAUGACCAUUUUUUGCAUUGUAUUCUCACUUUGUACCAUACUUGAAUUGUUGUCACUUUAUACACCUGUAUAAACUGUAAAAUUAGAAUAUAUAUAUAUAUAUAAGGCCAAUGAAACAUUUAUACUUUGUUACACUAAUAACAAGAUCCAGUUGAAACCAUUUACUUUUGAGUGCUGAACAGCAUUUGCUAUUUUAGAGAAAUAUUUAAAUACACCGAAUAUUGAAUGUCCUCUAAUAUUAAAUGUGCAAACUCGUAGCAAAGUUUUGUUUGUGGAGUUGACUAAAAAUAAAGCAUUAUGUUUUCUCAAA